AUGUCUAUAUUGAGUCGAAAACAGGGUAAACAAACAAACUCGACAGAAUUAGAAAUAGGAUGGGAGACAGCCGAGAAAUCGAAGAUCUACGGUUUAUUCAAUUCCUAUCCGGACCCUUCCCCUUCCGAUCCGAUAGACGUGUACCAGUACUAUGCACAGUACAAUGACAGGCUAUUUUAUCAUUGCCAUGACCAUGACAAUCCUCUUAUGAUGGAGGCAAAUCACACGUGGCAGGAUAAGGCUAAAACGACAGCACGGGGCAUCCACCGCGCCAAGUACCGGAUCCCAUUGGUUGGCCCUGGCACAGGUUGGUUUUGA